GUAGAACUGGUCAUAUUGAGUCAAAACUCAAUUGUUUGUGUAAUAAACGAAUCCAACUGAAGGGAGAUGCGAAUUUAUGAAGAAGAAAAAAAGGAUCAAACUAAAGGUACCAUUACAAUAUGACACGUGGCGAAACACCAAGACUGAAGCAUAGCCACUAAAAUCAUGCAAACUUGUGUAAUCCGAAACUUUGAAGCUUUUGCGAAAAACCAACCAACGUCACAUAAUCGUCUUCUUCAACUAACAAAAUCCAACUAAUCAUCAUCUGUCUCUCUGGCUCUGGCUUGUGUCUGAGCUCGAACUUAAAGAAAAAGAAUCUCACCAUGUCUUUAGCUCCGAGCAGUUAUCCAUCUCUGUAUUCUUCGCCUUCACUGCCAAGAACCCAGCAAACCAAGCAAAACCCUAGUUUGAUCACUCAAUCCAGUUUCAUUUCCGCCAAAAGUCUCUUCCUUUCGAGCAAUUCGGCUUCUUUAUGCAAUACCCAUGUUGCCAAACGCCGGAAUUUAGCUUUGAAGGCGUCGGAGACAGAGUCUUCAGCUAAAGCUGAAGCAGGAGGAGACGGAGAAGAAGAAGAGAAGUAUGAAACAUAUGAAAUUGAAGUGGAGCAGCCUUAUGGUUUGAAAUUCAGGAAAGGAAGAGAUGGUGGCACUUACAUUGAUGCUAUCUUACCAGGUGGAUCAGCUGACAAAACCGGAAAGUUCACUGUUGGCGAUAGAGUUAUUGCCACAAGUGCAGUAUUUGGAACAGAGAUUUGGCCUGCAGCUGAGUACGGUAGGACAAUGUACACAAUUCGUCAGAGAAUUGGUCCCUUGCUUAUGCAAAUGGAGAAGAGAAAUGGUAAGGCUGAAGAUACUGGUGAGUUAACAGAGAAGGAGAUCAUAAGAGCUGAGAGAAAUGCCGGAUACAUUAGCAGUAGAUUGAGAGAGAUUCAGAUGCAAAACUAUUUGAAGAAGAAAGAACAGAAAGCUCAACGGGAGAAGGAUCUUCGUGAAGGGCUGCAAUUUUCCAAGAAUGGUAAGUAUGAGGAAGCAUUGGAGAGGUUUGAGUCGGUGUUAGGUUCUAAACCAACACCAGAAGAAGCAUCAGUUGCAAGUUACAAUGUUGCUUGUUGCUACUCAAAGCUUAAUCAGGUUCAAGCUGGUCUCUCGGCUCUGGAAGAAGCAUUGAAGUCAGGAUAUGAAGAUUUUAAGAGAAUCAGAAGUGAUCCAGAUCUGGAAACUCUCAGGAAGUCGAAGGAUUUCGAUCCACUUCUGAAGCAAUUCGACGAAUCUUUCAUCAAUGAGAGUGCCAUUAACGCCAUCAAAUCCUUGUUUGGCUUUAACAAGAAAUAGUUCACCUAAAGUUUGUGUCUUUUGAUGUGAUCUGUUCAUAGCUUCUCUUCUCUUCUUGGCUCUAUACAUACUUGUGAGGAAUUUUAUUCGAUCAUAAAUGUGUUCUUUUUUUCUUAAGAAAUUCUUUUAACCAUUUCAUUCAGUUUACGUAUACCAUUUCAUAUGAAGUGAUAAUAAAUCUUCAAAUCUUUGGAUCAAAAGUUUCAUAUUUGGCGAUUUCGAGAUAUUUCGAAGCAUUGAGGGAAUCAUGAUUUAUUCAU